AUGACCCGGCCCUCUCCGCUCGCUUGCACGGAGUGUCGGAAACAUCAUCUGAAAUGUGACGCCAACAAACCUUCCUGCUCUCGCUGUGCAGAGGUUCAAUCAAGAUGUGUCUAUGUUCCCUCCCGCCGCGGCGCAAGACGAAAGGAAUCCAACAGAUAUCGGCAUGCCUUGACGCUAACUAACGCAGGAGGAGCCCGUGAGGCCCAACAGUCCGAACUACCUAUUGGAGGGCAUCUCAAUGGAAAUUCAAGCGAUCAGCAGGGCGUGGAGGCAGACAGAUGGGUUCCCGACAGUCGACUGGUUCGCCUGUACUACGAAAACCACCACCCAGCGCAUCCCAUCUUAGUGCCUGCUUCUUUCUACGCAAAGCGCAAUUAUCCACAGUAUCUGCAUCAGGUUGUCAAAUUCAUAGGCUGUCAAUACUCGAGACUUGUCCCGCGUGACUCUCUCUAUGAGCAGACUGCUGCCGUGCUAAGGAACCCUGAAAAGACAGCGUGCAUGGUUCAAGCACUGCUUCUCUAUUCUAGUAUCAUGUACGCUCGCAAUGUGUUUUCUGUGGCAGAUGAUGCAUUCUCUCAAGCUGUCGAUAUAGCCUUAGAGCUGGGGAUGUACCAAAGGACUUUUGCGCAGACAUAUGCCGCCGGCAAGGAACUUGAAGCCGAGAGCCUACGGCGUACAUGGUGGGAACUGUACUGCUUGGAAGUCACCAUGGCAUCGCUGCUACAAACUACCAAUUUACGGUGUGCGAAUGUGCCACACGAUGUUCUGUUGCCAUGCGAUGAGUCAUUCUACGGGUCGUCACCGAGUACGAUUCCCACGCCUCUCACCUUGGCUUCCUUUAGAAUGAGAGUAUUCAACGGUGAUGACGACUUGAGUCCACGUUACUCGGUCUAUACCUAUCGCAUUGAGGCAAUAAGUAUACUCGCGCGUGUCGUUGUGUUGAAUAGCCUGCCUGAAACACAUGCGGACCAUCUGCAAGCCGUCGUAAACGCCAUUGUAAGUUGGAGCAACCACUUACCCCCAGACAAGGUAGACGUGAUAGACACACACGGGAACAUGGACGAGAUGCUUUUUCAAGCACAUACGACAAUUCACUACGCUGCAAUGCUUUUACAUUUGCCCCGAGGUAACCUUCGGCUCAGAUUUCCAGCUGCAACGCCCACACUUUGUCCAGUCACUCCCUAUCGCCUCUCUCCUUCAUUCACCCGACACGUCCAUGACGUGAAAGCGACCGAAUCUUCCAAGAAAAUGUCCAAUCUUCUUUCUGUGCGCUCGAACGUCCAAGGGUGCAGUCCAUUUAUAGUCUUCGCUCUGGUAUUAUCCGGUAUAGUGCAGAUCACAACGGCCGAAAGCCAUACCCCGGAGUGCGCGGAACAUCACCACAACAGGGUUAUGCUCGUGCUUGGAUGCCUCAAGCAGUUGAUACCGAGCUGGCCUCUUGCAGAAGAGGCUUAUCGGUAUUUGCAAAGUGUAUCCAAGCAAAAACUGAUACUGAGAGCACAAAAUCUCUCUGUGGACGAGGAUAACACCAUUCCCUUGCAACCUGUACAGGUAGGAAGCGGUCCGGAUAUUUCGUCACCAAUUGUGGCGGAAGAUAGUAACAAUAAUACAUCGAUUGAAAUGGUAGAUCCCAGGAUACUAUCUGCUUACAUGGACCCAACGUGCAGCGACUCUUUUCUGAUCAAUCAGAUGUUUGGCUAUGGAGAAUUGUUUACAUAA